AUGGAUGAGCCUGGUAAUGCAGAAGAAGGCCUCCCUUAUGUAUCUGACUUGCGGCCCCUGAUAGAGCAGACAGGGGAAAGUACAGAAUGGUAUGAGUGCCUGGCAGGUUUUCACAGACACAAAGCAUCAAAUUAUAAUAAGGGGUGUGCCAAGAAGGACUGGUUUUGGGUAUAUAAAGGGCAGCAGGGGCUAGAGUCAAUGCAAGGUGCAAGCCAUACAAACACCUUGCUAAAGGAGCCUCUGCAGAUUAAGAUCUUUACCCGAGAGAUGAUGAAGACCCUACUGCUUCUUGCGGCUAUGUGCUGCGUGUGCUUGGCCUUACCUUCUCAGAACUUAAAUCAAAGGAAGAAGAGAGAUAUAACGGGGACACAAGCUUGUGGUGGUGUGCUGACAGCCCCAAAGGGAGUUAUCACUUCACCCAACUUCCCGAACAAUUACCCCGAUAAUGCCUACUGUGAAUGGAACAUCACCACCACCUCUAGGAUUAAACUCACACCCACAAAUUUUGACUUAGAAGGCUACAUGUACUUGUGUGUCUUUGACGAUCUUUGGGUCUAUGGUGGAAGUUUCCCCCGAGAAUUGUGUGGACAGAUGCUACCAGAUCCCAUUAUAUCUACCGGAAACUUCAUGCGGAUUGUUUUCAAGACUGAUAAAAGUCUCAAUAGGACAGGAUUCAGGCUCAUAUAUGAACCAGCUGAUUCUACAGAUUCUGCUGCUCUUACCACAAUCACAACAACUCCGACAACUACAAGAACCACUCCUAAAACUACCACCACAACAACUCCGACAACUACAAGAACCACUCCUAAAACUACCACCACAACAACUCCGACAACUACAAGAACCACUCCUAAAACUACCACCACAACAACUCCGACAACUACAAGAACCACUCCUAAAACCACCACCACAACAACUCCGACAACUACAAGAACCACUCCUAAAACUACCACCACAACAACUCCGACAACUACAAGAACCACCACCACUACUACUGCUAAAACUACUAGAACCCCUACUACAAGCUCUGCCGUCAUAUACCAGGCUUGUGGUGGUGUGCUGACAGCCCCAAAGGGAGUUAUCACUUCACCCAACUUCCCGAACAAUUACCCCGAUAAUGCCUACUGUGAAUGGAACAUCACCACCACCUCUAGGAUUAAACUCACACCCACAAAUUUCGACUUAGAAGGCUACAUGUACUUGUGUGUCUUUGACGAGCUUUGGGUCUAUGGUGGAAGUUUCCCCCGAGAAUUGUGUGGACAGAUGCUACCAGAUCCCAUUAUAUCUACCGGAAACUUCAUGCGGAUUGUUUUUAAGACUGAUAAAAGUCUCAAUAGGACAGGAUUCAGGCUCAUAUAUGAACCAGUAUAAAGCGCGAAAAGAACGGUGAAAUCCGGCAUUGAACUUCUUAAAGACCUCAAGACCCUCAAGUGCAUUCUCAAGACAAAUUUCAAAGAAUAUGAAUUUAAUUUCAAUAAUGUGUUUUUUUUACAGUAUCUUGUGUUAUAUGUUAUGAUUUUUUUUUAAACUGUGUUUUUUUU